UUGUGGACAUUUGAAGUAGUUAUAAUGGUUUCACGAUUGUUUAACUUUAUUAUUGCAAUUUUUAUAUCAUACUUGGUUGUCAACCAUGUGACGGGAUCAAAAAUUGUACAUAGACUAAAACCUAUUUAUUGUAAAUGCCCGACUGGUUCGCAGUCAAAUGGCAAAGGAUCGAACCCCGAAUGGAUAAUUAGUCACACAAACAAGCGAUUCGACGACGAACAAAUAACGAGGGAGAUACGUGAUGGACUGUCAUUGAAUUCGAAGGAGAAAGAAAGAAUGGACGAUUAUGAUGACUUAUUUGAUUAUAAUUUGGAUGAUGAGAAUGAUGAUGCAACCCCGAUAGGUUCAAGGCCAAAUGAUAAAGGAAUUAUAGUGGAUACGAAGGAAAAAAAGAAUAUUAAACAAAAUACAAUAAGUCUCCAACCUGAGAAACGAAAGUCGAAGCUUCGUAGUUACGGUGGUGAGGAUUUACAGACUUUUUUGAAACGACUAUCAGAGACGGAGUGGGAUCCAAUGCAGUGAACAUACGAAACACUAUGACAUACAGACAGAGACAUUAUAUUACAGACGUUAUAUGGCAGAAUAUUAACGCGACAUCAAAUAUAGGGUUGCAUAAAUGUAAAACAAAAUGCAAUUUAAUUAUAUUUAAUUAGAAAUAUUUAAUCAUUAUAUCUAGAAGUAAAAAAAAAAUGUUAAAUAUUUAUGCACC